AUGAUUUAAUAGCAGCCUAUGAUUAACCCAGGAAACAAUUCCUUGCGGGAGAAUUCCUUAGGCCCAGGUAGCAAUAGCAAUGCAAAUAACAGUACAAGCAAUAAUAACAAUGAGGGAUCGCAAGACUCAAGAUUGCCAAAUCAGCAAAAAAUCAUUACUGUUAACAAUCCUUCUAAAGCAAUUAUGAACCGAAGAAUCAACAAAAUUUUGAAAAAAGACCCAAGCAACCAAAUAUAUGGAGGAGGAGGCGGUAUGACAUAUAGAUAAAAUAACGACUAAUCUACCGGGAGUGGAUAAUACUACACCUAAAUUAGAAAUUAAAAUAUGAUUAGCGAGCAACCUUUAACAAUAAAUCCUGGGAAUCAAGGAUAAGUUCCGUUCUAAACAACAAUUAAUUCUCCAAGAGUUCCAAUUCAUGAUCAACAAUCUGUAGCAGCCAAAUAAUAGCAAUACUAAUUCAAAUAAUUUGAGAUAAAAAGCAUCUAGAAAUCUUCCUUAGAUUCCUUCAGUGAAGCUAACAUCUUAAAAACAGUAGAUUCAUCUAAUUCAAGAGGCUUUUAGAUUCAAGGUUAGAACUACAUGAACUCUUCUGUAUAGUAGUAACCAGCUUAAAAUAUCACAAAUAUACAUAAUAUCAAGAACUAUAAUAACUACCACUUUGAAAUAAAAGGGGGUGCUUAAAAUGGAUCUAUUAAUCAAUUCAUGCCUGAGGAUAGCAGAUCUCUAGAUAGAAUCAUAGGAAAUAACAGUCUGGUGAAUAACUCUAUUCAACAAGACUAGUUUAACUAAAGUGUUAAACUAUAGCAGAUGAUGAUAACCAAGAGACCAAUUUACAACAGUCAAAACCCUAACUAAUCUCAGUCAAACUUUAAUCAGUCUAAUGUGCUGAGCUAGCAUUAGUAACAGUAGUAAGUUGAAACCAGAAACUCAGCAAGGAAAAAGGUUCUUAAAUAGAAUAACUAGAGUAUAGAUUUUUAAAGAGUCAACAAUCAGAUUAAUUUGUCCAACUAAAAACGAGCGCAAGAUAGUGUAUCUAAAAACAAGUUUAUGCUUACAAUGAGUAGACCAAAUAACUUCUCUAAUCUUAAUGAUGACAGUAGGAGGUUAAUAGAGAACUCAAGUACUAGUCUUGAUCCUAGGAAAAGAAUAUCACCUAAGGGUAUUAAUGGUAGUCCAGGUAUAUCUAGUUUGGCAGCGGAUGCUGCUAAUUAAAGCAUCGAUGAACCAAAAAAGUUCAAAAUAUAGUUUCCAAUGCACCCCAGAGAUGCACUGCUCCAUCUGUCCAAGUAUCUCCUAGAAUGUGAGAAGAAUGAGAUUCUUGAAUAUGAUACAGUAUAUUUCAUUAAUCUGCUUGAAAGGAAAGGGGCUGGUUUGACUACACCUGACGGAGUUGAAAAUAAUGGAUUCGACAAUGAUAAAAAUGAAUAUAUUUGCGAUGUCCAUGACCAUAUAUCCUUUAGAUUUGAAGUAGUAAAAAGACUUGGCAAAGGUUCAUUUGGAUAAGUUUUCAAAUGCUUUGAUCAUUUUAAGAAAGAGUUUGUAGCCUUAAAAAUAUUGAGGAAUAAGAAGAGACUAUUUAAAUAGGGACUCAUUGAAGUAAAGUUACUUGAAUAACUUAGAGAUAAUGAUCCUGAAGAUAAGAAAAAUAUUAUUAGAAUCAAGGAAAGUUUCGUAUUUAGAAAGCAUCUGAUACUCUCAUUUGAAAUGCUCAGCAUAAAUCUUUAUGAAUUCAUUAAGAUGAAUAAUUUCUAAGGCGUCUCUGUUGGCUUAGUUAGAAGAUUUGCAAUCCAAUUACUGGUAGCUUUACAUUUUAUGAGAGAGCAUAAUAUAGUGCAUUGUGACAUGAAGCCUGAGAACAUUUUACUUAGAAAAUCAAAUAAAAGUGGUAUUAAGGUCAUUGAUUUCGGUAGCGGAACCUAUGAAAAUGAAUAGUUCUAUACUUACAUCUAAAGUAGGUUCUAUCGUGCACCAGAGAUAAUGAUGGGCAUCAGAUAUACACCUGCCAUUGACAUGUGGUCACUCGGAUGUAUCUUGUACGAGUUGUAUGUUGGCUAUCCAAUAUUUGCAGGAGAAGAUGAGAAAGAGUAGAUUUAAUGUAUUAUGGAAGUCAAAGGAGUUCCACCAAGAUCUAUGAUUGUUAUGGCAACUAGAAGAAAAAUCUUCUUUGAUGAUGACUAUUCACCACUUGUUACUCCCAAUUCAAAGGGAAAAGUGAGAAAGCCUAACACUAAAAAUUUAGAAAAACUGAUGAAUUGUGACGAUCCGACUUUUGUAGAUUUCAUAGAUAAGACAUUAGAAUGGAAACCAGAUAAGAGAAUGUCUCCAGAAUAGGCAUUCUAGCAUCCUUGGAUAAAAGCAGGUAUUAAAGAGCUAAAGUAAAAGAUUGAGCAAUAGAACCAGCAAACUUAAAGGCAAAAAGUGGCUGGGACUUAGAUGCAAUAGCCUGUUUCCAACAUUGAAAAUUUAAGUUAGAGAAAUGAGCCAAGAUAUUAAUAGCAGUCUAGCAAUGUCCCUUUGACACAAAAUUAAUAAUCUUUUCCCAAUAUAGCUCAUUAGAGCAGUAGAGGAGGCUUUGGUCACACUUCGAAUCGAGAUCUUCAUAGUGAAGAUAGUUAAAGUAAAACUAACCCUAAUGAAAAACUCCCUAAUAUUUGA